AUGGAAUUCUCAGAUAAUGACAUUGUGCUCAACUAUACAGUUGGCCCAGAAAUCUACCAGCUUACCUUCGGUAUUUUGGACAAUACAGUGGACCGCUCGCUCCAGCUCUGUGUGGUUCAUGGUGUGGCCAUUGGAUGUGGUAUUCUUUUGAUGCUUCUUUCGUGGGUGGUAAUUAUUAAAAAGAGAACCCCCAUGUUUAUUUUGAACCAACUCACAAUGGUGCUUAUGAUCAUCAAGUCGGCGUUGUACCUUUGCUUCCUUUUUGGACCUUUGAGCUCGCUCACAUACAAGUUCACAGGACUUUUGCCUGAAGAAAGAUGGCACGCAUUUGACAUUUAUAUUGCAACUAAUGUUAUCCACACUUUGUUGAUUGCUACCGUGGAAGCCACUUUGGUUUUCCAAAUUCAUGUCAUUUUCAAAUCUCCUGAGGUUAAGCAUUUGGGGUACGUUUUGACAGCUGCUGCUGGCUCGUUGGCUGUCACUAUAGUGUCCUUGUACAUCCACAGUACAGUGGUGACUGCUAUACAAUUAAGAAACCAACUUAUGGAGCAGGAUGUCACUCCAACAAACUCGUGGGUGAAUAAUGUACCGGUUAUUCUUUUUUCGGCCUCGUUGAAUGUGGUUUGUAUUAUCUUGAUUUCGAAGCUCGCCUUGGCUAUCAGAACCAGAAGGUACUUGGGAUUGAAGCAGUUUGAUGGCUUGCACAUCCUUAUCAUCACUUCAACCCAGACAUUCAUUGUUCCUUCGGUGUUGAUGAUUGUCAAUUAUAGACAAUCCACAUCGUACCUGACGUUAUUAGCCAACAUCAGUGUCAUUUUGGCUGUGUGUAACCUUCCCUUCAGUUCCUUAUGGGCUACAUCAGCAAACAACAGUACGCACCCAACCUCUUCACCAAACACCGUCUUUUCAAGAUGGGAUUCUAAGCUUUCUGAUACCGAAACUUUGGCCCACGAGGUGCCUUUGCUCCCAGGAAAAGCUGAAAAGAUACAGUUAGUAAGCCCAACUACAGAGAAGGGAGACGUUCAGACCAUGUGCGAUUCCAAUGGUGACCAAGACUCCAUCGACAGAAUGCUUGACGACAUUGAUGGUGCCAUCAUGACAACAGAAUUAAAUAUCAGAGACAAGCUUGUUUAG